CUGGUGUGUCUCCCAGCAGCUCUGGUGGGGCCACAGAAUCCCAGUGUACCACAUCACUGCAGCAGACGGCUGGGAGGUGUGGGUGGCGGCUGCUUGGAGGAGGAUGCAAGGCGGAAGGCUGUGGAGAAGGAAGGCACACCCUUGGCCUCCAUGUCCACCCAGCAGGAGGAAGAUGUUCUGGACACCUGGUUCUCCUCUGGCCUGUUUCCCUUUGCCUCGCUGGGCUGGCCGGGUCAGGGGAGGGGAGAGACCAUGCCUGACCUUGCUCGCUUCUACCCAACGACCUUGGUGAAGACGGGUCACGACAUCCUCUUCUGGGUGGCUCAGAUGGUCAUGCUGGGACUCAACUUGACAGGGAGGCUUCUCUUUAAGACUGUGCUGCUGCAUGGCCUCCUGUGUGAUGGUGGCGGCCACAAGAUGUCCAAGUCCUGGGGCAGUGUGAUAGACCCCCUGGAUGUCAUCAAUGGGGCGUCCCUGGAGGUACUGUGCGAGAGGGUGGAGGGGAGCCUGAAUGCAUAAGAGGUACUCACUGGUAUCAGGAUGAACUCCCCCACAGGCAUCCCAGAGUGUGGAGCUGAUGCCCUUCGGUUCACUCUGUGCUCCACCAACUUCAAGAGUCACUGUGGCAUAGAUAGAUGAACGUGUAUGACUGUGGUGCUUCGAGUCUUGU